AUGGCUCACGAAAAUCGACUCGAUUUGAGUUACAAGAUCGCGAUUUUAUUCUGGUAUUUGGCUUCUGGAGCUGAAAUGGUCUGCUACCAGCCGAUUUUGCCGGAGUUUUUGGAUAAAUUGCGCAUCAGCCAGGCGCAUUUGGGCACGCUGGUGUCGAUGUUUGGACUCGCUUCGAUGAUUGCUUCCCCAAUUUUCGGCAAAAUUGCUGAUAAAAUGGGCCAAAGUCGCCUCCCAGUUCUCAUCGCCAAUCUCUUUUCCAUCUCUGGCCAUUUGACAAUCCUCCUCAAACGCGAUCUCUUUUGGCUUUGCGUCGCGAAAAUCUUCAUCGGAAUCGGAAUGAGCUGCGAUGGCUGCAUCCUCGGACAGGUUGGCCGGCAAGUGGCGAAGAGCAGCAGAUCGAGUUUGCCAUCGCUGGUGAUGUUGCAAAUUUGGACAGGCGUUUUUGCUUGCAAUUUUAUUUACUACACCAAACAGAAAAUCAUCAAAAUCGAGGAAAUCGAAGAAAAUUCUGGAACCCUGAUCACAUCUCAAGCAAGUCUUCUUGAGAGAAAUUUCAAAAGCCUGAAAGACAAUCUUCUUCAUGAAUUGGUCAUUGUUGGAAUUCUAGGCUCUGUUUCCGCUGCAACGACGGUUGUGACGAUGGAAGCUGUCAUUGGUCCGAUUACGACUCGAUAUCUCGACUGGACGGCGAACGAUUUGGCAGCACUUCACAUUCUUUGCGGGACCAGCUCGAUCUCUGGAUAUGCGCUGAUCAAGCCCCUUUCACGAUGGGCGAACCAGCCUCGACUCAUGGCAAACGCAGCUCUUUCAAUAAGUAUCAAUCCAACUUUGAACAAGUUUUCGACAUUUUUUCUAGACAUUUCGGUGCUUGUUCUUGCGAGCAUCUUGUCAGUUUCGACGUCGAACCAGAGCAUCGUCACUUUUUUAUUCAUGAUAGGAGCGGUCAUCUUCAGCUUUUACAUCCCCCAUCUUUACGCUCUUGGAGCCUCGUUGGUCUCUAGAAAUUGCCACCCGGACAAUCAAGCAGCUAUUCAAGGCAAUGGCUCAAGUCUCAACCAUUUUAUCAUCCCGAAAAAAGGCGUUGAAAGCCAUGAAAAAGGCAUCCGAAUCGGGCUUGGAAACACUAUGCUUGCAAUCGGACCAUUAUGGGCCGGGCACACCCUACCACUCGCGAUGUACUCGAAUCUUUUUCUGGUGAUUUUCGUCUGGGUCAUUCUUUUUCUUGGGAUUUUUCUUGUUUUCUUGUUUUUCUCGAGGGAAAUACUGAAAAUCGACUGCAAAUCAACUUGA